AUGAGUAGGGACUCACUAGAGCGUACGCAAACAUCGGAGCUGCCAUCCAAUUCUCAUGAUAUUGAGGCGCAUCCCCAGGGUUCUCCAACCAACGUGGAGCCACCCGGCCUUGAAUCAUUUCCCACGGUCACUAAGGCACCCUCUCAUGAUACGGUCAGAAAUCGGGCGCGUCGGUCAAACACGGCGCGCUCGUAUCAUCCUGACAAUGUCACCCAUGACCCCAAUUGGCACCCUGGCACGGAGCCAGGUAUAGAUCCGACUAGACCACUGCCGCCUUAUAACGCGGAAUGGGCAACUGCUGUGCCAAGCGAUCUUUUUACGAGGUGUGAAAUAAUCGUUGUGGACUUCUCCCAGAAUGAGAUGCGGCAGUAUGAGCUGGACAACGACACGUUGGAGCAAUUCCUCGCGAGGGAGAGGGAGCCUUGGGUGCAAUGCAGAUGGAUUAACGUCAAUGGCCUCAGCUGGGAUGUAAUUAGGGUCCUGGGAAAUCAGAAGGGCAUACACAGACUUGCCAUCGAGGAUUUGAUUAACACAACAAACCGUACCAAAGUCGAUUGGUAUUCGGACCAUGCAUAUAUAGUGCUCACUUUACAGAAAUUAGUCCGAAUCUAUGAAGAAACUAGCGACUCAGAUGAGGAGUCUGAUGACGGACAGGGCCAUUGGCCAAACCACCGGAGGAGCUCGGCGGCGAGCAGCAAGAGUGUGUCUCUGAAGCGAGCAACUACACUGAGUCUCAUCACGGAGGCACUGAAAGAUCUUUUCAGAUUGAAAUCAGCAAAGAAAGUCUCGAGUAAUGCGCCUACUGUAGGACAUAAUAUCCGAUCUUCUGUGAAGAAGGCCGAUUCAAAAAAUGCGUUUAACAAUACAUCAGAUGCUGGGCGACCUGCUCGCAGCAUGCAGCGGUACCGAGGUGGACCAAAUGAAGAUCGCAUCGAAUUCAUGGAACGGCAUGCUGUUUUAGCAGCAAAGGGUCUGGGUGUCGCUCUAGAACAAGUAUCGAUCUUUUUACAUGCAGACAAUACGGUGACAUCCUUUUUUGAGACAAGUGCCGACGAUAUUGAAUCUCCUAUCGUGAAACGACUGACUUCUCCUGAGACUAUUCUGCGUCAAUCUUGUGAUGCCAGCAUGCUUGUGCAAGCCAUUUUGGAUGCUAUAAUCGACCUUGCAAUCCCAGUGACCACAGCCUACCAAGAUGCGAUUGGUGACCUAGAACUUGACGUCUUGACCGAUCCCGAUAUCGACCAGUCCAAGGAACUCUAUAUUCUAACGUCUGAGAUUUCGAUUCUUCGAACCUCUAUGCAGCCUAUCGUGACUAUCAUCAACGCUCUCCGGGAUCAUCGUUCUGAGCCUAUCAGCACCCCCGGCCUCGGUGUUUUGAAGGGUUACUUCGGCCAAUCGAGCACCUCAGACGCAGCGCCAUAUAUUGGAACUGCCACCCCGAAUCUUAAGAGUGUCGGCGGCUCUAGCGUAUCCAUCAGCACCUUGUGCCAUACGUACUUGGGCGAUGCCCUUGACCAUUGCAUUACAAUAGUCGAGGGAUAUGACCAGAUGAGACGGGCUGCUGACAACAUGAUCGAUCUGAUUUUUAACACAAUCGGUGCAUACCAAAACGAAAGCAUGAAGCAACUUACCCUUGUAUCUUGCUUCUUCCUCCCUCUCACUUUCCUGUCGGGCUAUUUUGGCAUGAAUUUCGAAAGUUUCGAGGGGAUUAAGCACAGCGAUGCAUACUUUUGGCAAAUUGCGUGUCCUUUCGUAUUUGCCAUCACUAUAUUCCUUAUGCGCGACAAGAUCGGACGCUGGAUGGCGCUACUGGCUCAGAGACGUCUAAUCACCAGCUCGAGAAAGAGACGAAAGCGCAAUGCUAUAAAGAGAAGAUGA